AUGCCUACGAUAGCUAGUUCGUCUUUAACGUAUGAAAUCCUUAUGUAUCUAAACUCUUUCUAUUUUGGUAUGUUUGCCACAUGUGAACUGGGUAUGGGCUUUUUUAAAGCUGCCAAUCUACCUUCACCUGGCACAAAUACAACGCUGGCAGAGUUUGCACUUUUAUUCUUCCUCAUAAUCACAGAAGGAGCCAGAAUUUAUCUUGGAAGAAAAGGAAAUUUGACAGAACAUGGAUUACCAAUUCUUAUUGGAAUUAUUUUAACUGUACCCAGCUCCUUAGCGACACUAUAUUUUCUAAUUUGGCAACACUAUGUACUCAGACUAGAAGUGAUUCUCUGCAGCAUACAAUUGGUACUUCUAGCAUCUGAACUAGUCAUUUCUAUCUUAUGCCUUAUUGCCAUUUACAAACCUUCGUCUCCAGAAGAAUAA